UGGAGCCUGGGCGGCACGGGACCGGGGCCGGACAGGGCCGGGCAGGGCCGGGCGGGCUACCCCGUCAUGGGCAAGGACCAGGAGCUGGUGCAGGCGGUAAAGACGGAGGACGUGGGCGCCGUGCAGAGGCUGCUGCAGAGGCCGCGGCCCGGGAAAGCCAAGCUCCUGGGCUCGGCCAAGAAGGUCAAUGUCAACUUCCAGGACCCUGAUGGCUUCUCAGCCCUCCACCAUGCUGCCCUCAAUGGCAACACAGAACUCAUCGCCCUGCUGCUGGAGGCCCAGGCCGCUGUGGACAUCAAGGACAACAAAGGGAUGCGGCCUCUGCACUAUGCAGCCUGGCAAGGCAGGAAGGAGCCUAUGAAGUUGGUGCUGAAGGCAGGCUCCGCCGUGAACGUCCCGUCAGAUGAGGGCCACAUCCCGCUACACUUGGCUGCCCAGCACGGGCACUACGAUGUGUCAGAGAUGCUCCUUCAGCAUCAAUCCAACCCAUGUAUUGUGGACAAUUCAGGGAAAACGCCUUUGGACCUGGCCUGUGAGUUUGGACGUGUCGGGGUGGUACAGCUGCUCCUGAGUAGUAACAUGUGUGCAGCCCUACUGGAGCCUCGGCCAGGAGACGCCACUGACCCAAAUGGCACCAGCCCCUUGCACUUGGCAGCCAAAAAUGGUCACAUUGACAUUAUCAGACUCCUCCUCCAAGCUGGCAUUGACAUUAACCGUCAGACCAAGUCAGGCACUGCCCUGCAUGAAGCCGCACUUUGUGGGAAGACGGAUGUGGUUCGGCUCCUGCUGGAUAGCGGAAUCAAUGCCCAUGUAAGGAACACCUACAGUCAGACUGCACUGGACAUCGUCCACCAAUUCACUACUUCCCAGGCCAGCAAGGAGAUCAAGCAGCUACUGAGAGAGGCAUCAUCAGCUCUGCAGGUGCGGGCGACGAAGGACUAUUGCAACAACUAUGAUCUGACAAGUUUGAAUGUGAAGGCAGGAGAUGUAAUCACUGUUCUUGAACAGCAUCCUGAUGGCAGGUGGAAAGGCUGUAUCCAUGACAACCGGACUGGCAACGAUCGUGUUGGCUAUUUCCCAUCUACUCUAGGCGAGGCUAUCACCAAACGAACAGGUUCCCGAGGAGCUGACAUGAGCCCGUCCCACCUGUCCCCUUCCCAGGGCAGUUCUGUAGCUCCCCCAGAGGAAAUCUGGGUCCUGAGGAAGCCCUUCACUGGUGCUGACCGCAGCAGCAGUCUAGGUGGCGUGGCCAGCGGGCGCAGCGGGGGGAGUGGGAGCCAUGCCCUGCACGCCGGCUCCGAGGGGGUCAAGCUGUUAGCAACCGUGCUCUCCCAGAAGUCCAUCCAGGAGUCAGGCCCAGGGGACAGUCCGACGAAACCCCUCGAGGGCCCUGCGGGUCCCUCACGUGCCCAGCCUGUUACACACACAGGACAGGCCUACGGUGAGCAGCCACCCAAAAAAAUGGAGCCUGCGUCUGAGGGAAAGAGUGCGGAGGCCGUCACCCAAUGGCUCGCCACCUUCCAGCUGCAGCACUAUGCCUCCAACUUCAUCACCUCGGGCUACGAUCUCCCCACCAUCAGCCGCAUGACCCCCGAGGAUCUCACAGCCAUUGGCGUCACCAAGCCUGGCCACCGGAAGAAGAUCACGUCGGAGAUCAACAGCCUGACCCUCCCCGACUGGCUGCCUGAACACAAACCCGCUAACCUGGCGGUGUGGCUCUCCAUGAUUGGCCUAGCCCAGUACUACAAAGUGCUUGUGGAAAAUGGCUAUGAGAACAUAGACUUUAUCACCGACAUCACCUGGGAGGACCUGCAGGAGAUCGGCAUCACCAAGUUAGGCCACCAGAAGAAGCUGAUGCUGGCGGUCAGGAAGUUGGCAGAGCUGCAGAAAGCCGAGUAUGGGAAGUAUGAAGCCGGGGCCCUGCGCAGGAAGGCCCCCCAGUCCCUGGAGGUGAUGGCCAUCGAGUCUCCCCCGCCCCCGGAGCCCACGCCCGCCGAAUGCCAGUCACCCAAGAUGAUCACAUUCCAAGACAGUGAGCUGAGUGACGAGCUGCAGGCCGCCAUGACGGGCCCGCCCUCGGGCCCCGAAGGGGGUGCCGAAAAGCCCACCAACAGCCUGCCGCCCACACCCCGGGCCGGCGCCUUGCGGCACGAGCCCAGCCUGAGCGGGCGGGCCCGGCACAUCAGCAGCUCCCAGGAGCUCCUGGGAGAUGGGCCUCCCGGCCCCAGCGGCCCCAUGUCCCGCAGCCAAGAGUAUCUGGCUGACGAGGGUGCCCCUGCUCCCAGCCCCAAGGAGGCCCGGCCCACUCGGCAUGGACACGGCGUCAAGAGAGCCAGCGUGCCCCCGGUGCCUGGCAAACCGCGGCAGUCCUUCCCCCCGGGGGCUGCCGGGGGCCACUUCACCCCACCUCAGACGCCCACCAAGCCCCGUCCGGCCUCGCCGCAGACGCUGGGCGCCCCCCACAGCCCAGCCCCGGCCACUGCCAAGGUGAAGCCCACCCCGCAGCUGCUGCCUCCGGCCGAGCGGCCCAUGUCUCCGCGUUCGCUGCCUCAGUCGCCCACCCACCGGGGCUUUGCUUACGUGCUGCCCCAGCCUGUGGAAGGGGACGGUGGGCUGCCCCCUCCGGUGGCUCCUGCCCCUAUGCCGGUCCCUGUGCUGUGUCUGCCCCCCGGGGCCGCGGGGGAGGCGGAGGAGGAGCCUGGGCGCCCCAAGAAGCGAGCACACAGCCUGAACCGCUACGCGGCCUCGGACAGCGAGCCUGAUCGCGACGAGCUGAUGGUGCCCGCGGCGGGGCCCUAUGCCACGGUGCAGAGGCGGGUGGGCCGCAGCCACUCGGUAAGGACCCCAGCGGGCGGCGAUAAGAACGUCAACCGCAGCCAGUCCUUCGCUGUGCGCCCCAAGAAGAAGGGGCCUCCUCCUCCCCCGCCCAAGCGCUCCAGCUCCGCCAUGUCCAGCGCCAAUCUGGCGGACGAGCCGGCUCAAGAUGGAGAGGCCGAGGAGGCCAGAACCGAGGAGGGCCCGGCGGGUGGGCGGGCCCAGCGACGCAGGGCCAGCGACCUGGCCGGCAGCGUGGACACGGGAAGCGCGGGCAGCGUCAAGAGCAUCGCCGCUAUGUUGGAGCUGUCUUCCAUUGGGGGCGGGGCCCGGGCCGCCCGCCGGCCCCCCGAAGGCCAUCCCGUGCACCCCGGGCCGGCCGGGCAUCCUGCCAGUCCUGAGCCGGGCCGCGUGGUCACGGCACUGGCCUCGGCGAAGCACAAGGACGCCAUCGGAUUGGACGGCGAGGUCGUCAAUCGUCGGCGAACGCUCAGCGGCCCCGUCACCGGGCUUCUGGCCGCCGCCCGCCGCGGGGAGCAGGGCCCCCCUGAGCACAUCCCCUUCGCCGAGGAGGGCAGCCUCACCAUCAGGCAGCGGCCGCGGGGCACGGCCAAGGGGGACGGCGGCGAGGGUCCUCCCCUGGCCAAGGUGGAGGCCAGCGCCACGCUGAAGCGGCGCAUCCGGGCCAAGCAGAGCCAGCAGGAGAACGUCAAGUUCAUCCUGACUGAGUCAGACACAGUGAAGCGCAGGCCCAAGACCAAGGAGCGGGGGGAGCCCGGCAUGGAGCCGCCCCCGCUCUCCGUGUAUCAGAACGGCACGGGCACCGUCCGCCGGCGGCCAGCCUCCGAGCAGAGCAGCGGCCCCGCAGAGCUGCCCCUGCUGCCCCCCCCUGCCGCGCCCCCUCCUGCGGACCUUGCCCAUCUGCCUCCUCCCCCACCGCCCGAUGGAGAGGCCAAAAAGCCCGCCAAGCCCCCCGUGUCCCCCAAGCCUGUCCUGGCCCAGCCGGUCCCCAAGAUGCAGGGCUCCCCUCCAACCGCCUCCAAGAAGGCUCCACUGCCUGGUCCCGGCAGCCCGGAGGUGAAGCGGGCCCAUGGAACACCCCCACCGGUGUCUCCCAAGCCGCCGCCCCCGCCCACAGCCCCCAAGCCAGUCAAGGCCCCUCUGGGACUGCAGUCUGUGAGCGCCAGCCCCACGCCCACGCCCUCCCCAGCCCGCCAGGCGCCUGCUGCCGCCGCCACCAGUAAGCCAGCCAGCACACCGCCCUCCCUCUGUGCCAGCCCCGCCAAGCCCCCGUCACCGGGCGUGCCCCCCCAGCAGGUGCCCAUCAAGCCGCCCCGAGCCGCCAUGGCCGUGCCCCCCGGAGACGGCAGCGCCAGUGAGAGCGCUCACCAGAAGCUAGAGGAGACCAGCGCCUCCCUGGCUGCGGCUCUGCAGGCCGUGGAGGAGAAGAUUAAGCAAGAUAACGGGCAGGCAGCUGACUCGGCGGCCGAGUCCAAGAGCACGGUCAGCAUUCUGGACGACAUCGGCAGCAUGUUUGACGACCUGGCUGACCAGCUGGAUGCCAUGUUGGAGUGAGCCCGUCAGGUGCCCAGCCAACCUCAGGACUCCCCCCCUCGCCCCGCCCCGGGCUCCACACACAGAACUUUACCUCAGGAUUGGGCUCCAAGCUGGCCAUGUCCAUGGCCAGCUUCUUUGUGCUGCAGGCUGGGGGGGGGGUGCUCUCUGGGGGAUGGCCUCCUUGAUGGAACCCCCUCCCCAUCUGGCCCCUUGCUGCUGCUGCCUCUUUGCCCCGUCCUUGACCUCUGCCUGGCACUGACCCAGCCUCCAGGCAAGGACUUGGGCUAGAUGAGGGUGUGGAGCGGGUGGAGAGGUUGGGGGGCAAGGACUCAGAGUCCGUGGGGGCUGGAAUAUUCCUGGGGGGUGGGUGGGAGGAAAAUGAGGGGGUCACCCCCCGCCCUAGGGCCUGGCUGAUCAGAUGGUGGUUGGUGGUCAAGCACUGGUAGUUUGGUGGUUGGGAUGUUGGGGUGGAGGGGGGGACUGGGACCAAGGGAACAGUGCCCUUGAAAGGAGUUCCCACCCCUUGCCCGUCCAUGCCCUGAUCACAAGCACAACAUUUCGGGGGGCCAUGAGCAGAGCAGGAGGCCGGGGUCAGAGGUUGGCCCACCUUGUCCAAGGGCUUUCUGGUCACUGGUAUCGCUGUCAGUGACCACCUCAUAGCGGCCCCGGGCUGCAUUCCUCUUGCUUCACGUUCCCGGCCCCCCCCCCCAAUGAUGCAAUAAUAACAGCUGGGUUAGCUCUUCCUCCCCUCUUCCCCCUCCUCUGGUCCCCAAUCAGUCUGUCCAGUACAUGCCCUCUCUUAUCUCUGCUACUGCAGGGAGAGGGGGAGGGGUUCAGUUCCUGGGCAUAACCCCCCCAAGGCCCUAUCUGGGGGUUGCGAUCUGUGUCAGACCCCUACAGGGAACUGGUGGCGCUAAGGUAGGGCCAAGGCCUGGGUUUGCAGGGGAUGGCAAGGCCCAGUGGGGCUGGCUGGAGGCGGAAACAGUAGGAGACAAGAAGGUUUGUGGGCUGGGCUGGUCCUAGGCUCCCCGGACCCCUGGAAGGUGGGGGAGUGCCCCCCAGGCAAGUCCAGGCCCCUCUCCUCCCCUCCCUCCCCUCCCAAUCAGCCGCAGAGCACAGGCCUGAGGCCCAGAGGUACAGCACAGGAACUGCUUCUGAUUGGGGAUUGCUUAACUUUCUUUCUGGGGUUGGGGGGGGUGGGGUGCCUCGGUCCCCGCUCACUGUCCCAGCCCCAUCACAGCACAAAGAGAUCGGUCGUAGCCUGGUUCUGGGGCGAGUCUGCGGGACGGCUCCUCCUGAGGCUCCCACCCUCAGACCGACCCUGGGUCAGUGUGCUCCCAGUGACCACGCCCCUGCCCCAUCCCUGUCCCGGGAGGGAGAGGCAUAGACCAGAUAAUAAACUAUAGAAGAGUAUUAAUUUAUUGGAAAUGAGCUGAGGCAGAUUUUCCCAGAAAUCCAAAAGGGUAAAAACUUUAACUUUAACAAAUAUAUAUUUAAAGAAAGAAAUAUUAUUGAUUCUAUAGAAAACCAUUUACCAACCAAGAGAAAAGCUGGAUUUUAGUUUGAGACAAAAGCUGUUGGAGGCCAAGGCCACCUGUCUUGUCUGUCUGUCUGUCUGUCCCUCAGUGGCCAGACCACUUUCCCAGUAGCACAAACAGGAGGCUUCCCGCUCCCCCCCCAGGGUGGGAUCAGUGUGCCUGGGGGCUCCACAAAGUCUCCAUCCCAUCCCUGCUGCUCUUCUUCAUCUUUCUCUGCAUUAGAAGAACUCGAAGGAUGUGCCUUGUUUGCUGACGGGCUGCGUCCCCUGGCACCCCACCACAGAGACCUUCGGGCACGAGGGGCUCCCCCCUCCUCCUCCUCCUCCUCUCGGGUGUGGCCACGUCCCUGGGGAGUGUGAGUGAGUGUGUGCGUGUGGAGGGACCGCCUGCUGAGCCGGGCCGGUGCGGGGUGCCUGCCUCUGGACUGUGGUAGCUGCGGGUGUGGGGAAGCGGGCAGGCCCGGUGGGUGUGGCCGUCACACAGCGUGCACGAGUGCGUGUGUGUGAGGGCGUGUGCUGGCGUGUCCUCCGCGGAUGGAGUGUGUUGUGGCUGCACGUGUCUGACGCAUCUGUGCAGGGCGUGUGUGUGUGUGUGACCCUCCAGAAUGCACCGAGUGGCUGGUGCAGACCCCGCUCCCAGUUCUAUGAACGCCUUUGCUUGUGGUCGAACAGUAUUGUGUGGUCAUUCUUUUUCUCCUCCUUCCCCCUUCCCCCUCUCUGAGAACCCUUUCCCCUCACUCUCAAAUAGUACUGACCGGUCUCAUUGUUGUGUUUGCCGCUCCAGAUGUGUUGGGCACAACUUUUGACAUUUCUUAAACACAAGUUUUUUAAAAGCCUGAAACUCGCUGUUGUGAAGACGCCUGUGUGUGUGAGCCCCUGGGCCCCUGGGCCAGGGAGACAGGUGGACGGACCUAGUGUGCUCCGUGCUGGUCGUACAGUCCAGAUUCUGUAUCGUGCUCCAUUGUUCCAGCUGUCUAUCUCCCUUGGUGCUCCCCACGCUGUGUGUGAGUGUGUGUGUGUGUCUGUGCGCGCUGCCGUCUCCCGGUGACUGGUGAUGCCCCCUUCUCACAGGGCUUUGGGUUUGCUCCUUUCAAGUUGGAGGCUGGGCAGCAAACAUCCAAAGCACCCGGAUCCAGGUCCCCCCGACACACGCCAGAGAACGUCGUGGCCCCGUCCCUGCCAGGGUGGAUGAGGUUCACAGCCCCCAGGCCAUCCGUCGGUGCGUCUGGUCGGUGUGUGUCCGAGGGAUCCGGGCCCUGGACAGACUGGACUUUCUAGGAUCUGUGUGCCUGGCCCUGUGGGAUGGUGAGUGGUCUAUGCAGCCGUCUGCGCUUCCUGCCAUCGGCUCUCAAUAAAUGUCAGAAAAUGGAA